AUGCGGACGAGCGUGAGGCCAGGAAUUGAUCCGGGCGGAGCCCUGAAACAUCCGCUCUGCCCGCCGACUGCGGCCGACUUCCGCCUGGAGCGGCUCCAGCCCUUUGGCGCCGUCGUGCACGGGCUGCCAAACCUCGCUGGCCACCGGCCGACGGCGCGAGUCCUCGCCUGCCUCGCCGACGCCGCAGCGGAGCACGGCUACCUGGUCUUUCGGAACCAGUCUCUGCCAGGCACGGCGCUGCGUGCGGUGAGCGAGUACUUUGGCGGGCUUGCCGCCGAGCACACCUGCCACGCCGCCGCCGCGCACUGCGAUAUCCUGCGGCUGUCAAACCGGGAGGAGCACGGAGUCGUGCGAGUCGGGCCGCAGUGGCACGCCGACGGAAGCUUCGAGCGGCGGGCGUGGAGCCGGCUGGCGACUGUCAACGCCUACUCCGGCGCCGUCCACCCGCUCGCGAUGGACCCGGCCGUCGCGCCGAGCGCCGCGCUCGGACACCGGCUGCUGGGCCGCGGGGCGUCCGGGCUCGCGCCCUUCGCGUACAUCUGGGGCGCGUGCCCCGCCGGCUUGGGCGCGCGCGGCGGCGUGUGGCAGGCGUCCGACCACUGGGGCGUGGGUUUCCGCUGGAACGGGACGGCGCCCAUGCGGAAUUGA